CAUCUGAGGGAUCGACGCCGAGGCUUCGAUGUUGAGAGUUCCUUAGUGAUUUAGGGUCUCGUAUCCCUUCGUGCUCCUGCUCUCAAUUCGCCGACGUCGUAAUAGGAGAGGCGUUGUUCGAGAGAGGAAGAGCGAGAACGAGCGGAAUUGGGUUACAGGGAAGGGAGACCGGGAGUUGCACUUGGUGGCGAAGCCUUUUGUGUUUUACGUUGUGUUUGAGCUGCAAUUCUUUUGAUGGAGGGGCAGACGGGAUACAUCCGCCGGCGACGUGGUGAUAGGUGGACGGUGCAAGUGCGUACGAAUCAUGGUAAAAGAAUUUGGAUCGGAACCUUUGGCAGUGUAGAAGAGGCGCAGUGGGCGUUUAAUGCGGCUGAAGUCCUGACAGAGAGGAGGAUCUACGAUGCUGAGGCCUUUGGACACCACGUAUUUCGAACACACAAAGAUCAAGGUGUUUCGUAUGAAGAAUUUGUUAAACUUGAAUCCAAAAGGUACUCGGUAUUCAAACAGCACGAGCCAGAAGUAAACCGCUUCCUGAAUAGAUUGCCUGGCCAACCUGAAGCACUGCCCCAAGUCGUUUCUGACAUAGCGUUUACAAUCAUAACAAACGAACUGAGAGCAGCGCUUGUAGCUUUGAACAUCGCCGAAUGGCAGUUUAUUGCCGCUGAAGAUAUGGAGAGGUGGCCGUCUGAUGCGGCAGAAUACCUUAUGGGGAGGAGGGACUACAAUGCUGAGUACUUCGGAAAUCACCAAUUUCGUGCUCACAAUGACCCAGAUUGUGCGUUUAGGGACUUUGUUGUAAGUGAAUCCCUAAGGUACGUGUCGUCGCGCCAGCUGCUGCUAGUGGACAGUUGGCUUAAUACAUCACCCAACCAACUCGAUAUACUGGAUCCGAUCAUCUUAGAUGAACCGGAAGAAGCGGGUCAAGGUAGCAAAGAGGACGAGAUUCCCUAUCUGUUCGAUCAAUUCAAUGACCAGAUGAGCACGCUCCCAUUCUGGACGCCUCAAGUGCAGGACUUGAUUUCGAAGCUCAAGGAAGAUGUUUUAUCCCGUUUAACACUUAAUGGAUAGCGGUGAGCAGGGGCUCAGGUGUAGCGCCCAUCCUAUAUCACAGAUUUGAGGACCGGACAAGUCUUGUUGGUGGGCUGUAUUUUAGUGCACAACUUUCUCUAUUCUGUGCCAUAGAAUUUAGGGUUUCUUUCUGUGACCACUGAUCAAGUCGAAUGUUACAAAUCUUUGAGAUUUGGCUUCAGCGCAUUCGCAGAAAGACGUUAACGUCUACAGAGUUAAGGGUUAAAAGCUUCAGGCUGGGCACACAUAUGAAAUUUCAGUUCGGAAAAUUGUGUGCUAGCGUCACAGUGAAGAUGUUGAGGACCUCAGAAGUGGGGAGCUUGCUGUGUUUCUCUCCAUUAUGACAUACAGUUAUUGGAAUUGAUAAUGUAUAUUGCACAGUUCUUCCA